AUGAGUGAUGAUGGAAAUCAAGAGCGUGAGACAAAAGAAGGGAAAACUAAGACCAAAAGCACUGCGGGUGGAACACUUUCAUCAAUAUUUAUGAAAUCAAUGAGAAAAUCAGCUGGAAAAUCACGUGCUCCACUUCCAUUUGGAAUGAAUUCUGGCAAUAAUGUUUCAAAUUCAAAUAAAGGAAGUCAUUUGAAUGUUCCUAAUGAAAGUGCAUCUACAUUUUUUGGUGCAUCUGAUUCAACUAUAGUUUCAUCAUCUACAACAUCAAAUGAUUUUGAUGUUAGUACAUUAAAUGAUGAUGAAGUACGAGAACGUUUUAAAUCUGUUAUGGAUGAUUUAUUCGAAGGAAAUGAAACAAAAAAGAAAAUGUUUGAACAAACAACAACAGCACAUAUGAGAGAAAUGCUUAUUUCACAUUAUAAACUUGCUACUAAUGAAAUGAGUGGUCCUAAAUCACCUGAAUAUCAAAUUCAAUGUUUAAACAAUGUUACUAUUGAUAAUAUUAAUUCAAAAAAUAGUAAAGAAACAUUUGAACGUGUUGCAUUUUCAUUAAAAAAAUAUGGUUUAAAAUGGAGUAAAGUAUUCAGUGAAAAUUAUAAUGGUCCAAAUGCUAUGCUUAAAGCAAUACGAGCAUGUAUCAGUAAAAUUCAAUAUACACGAGAAAAAGUCAACCGUGAUGGUGAUGAACGUCGUGACAAACAAAGUACAUUAUAUGAAAUACUUGCUGCUGGUAUUGAAGCAUUUAAAAAUUAUCUUAAUCUUGGUUGGAAUUUUAAUUCAAUGAAAGAAUCACUUGCAAAAGAUAUAGCUGAAAUUGCAAUUGAUGCAUUAAAUAUUUUAUAUUCGGAAAAUGAUGAACGUUCAAGUAAAACUAAACUUACAUGUGCCAUUCUUUUAUUUGCACUGGCUAUGCCAAAUGAAAACAAUCCUUCCAAUGGUCAAAAUAUAGUUCAGCUUCUUUCAAAAUCUGUUCAAAAAUGGUGUCCCAGUCGUGAACGUUUUGAAUGUUUAAUUCAUGAACUUGAUGGAACAAUAGAAGUCGCUAGUAGUUUUUUAAUGUGUAUUAAUGCCAUAUUUGUUACAUUAUCAACAGAACAUCGAUAUCAUUUACGUAGUGAACUAUUUCGUUCUGGUUUUAAAUCACGUUUUGAAGAAUUACAAAAACGCGUUAAUGAAUGUGAAGAUCCAAAACAAAAAGAUAAUUUAUUGACGCAAAUUAAUUUAUUUCUUCGCCAUGUUGAUGAUGAUUAUCAAUCGAUGAAUAUUAAACUUGAGUCAAUAUCUAGUACAUGGGCUGAUCUUCAAGCUUGUUUUGAUUAUUUAUAUGGUUUAGUAAAAAAUACAUCAUCAGAACCUUUACUUUCAAGUAUUAUUAACCGACUUAUUUGUAUUCGAGAUGAUCCAACUAUUCGUUUUUCUUAUCUUCGUUUAAUUGAUGAAUGUAUAACACGUAUUGUUUUUUCAAAAUCAGCAUGUGAUCCUGAUUUUGAUACGUAUUCAAUGGAUAGUGAAUCAAUUGGAGACUCUGGUUUAGGUUUAAAUGAUCAUAUGUCAUCAAUACGUAAUGGUUCAUCACAUGAUUUGUCACAGAUGGCUGGAAAUGCAGUCAAUAAUUUAACAGUGACGGAAAAUGAAAUACAAAUAAAUUUAAUGAAAGAACGUGUUGAACAUCUGGAAAAAACAAGAGGAAAAUUAACAAAAGCACUUGAAAAUAUGUUAAGCAAAGUUGAUACAGAAACAGCAAUGAGUUUUAAAAAUCAAUACGCUGAUAUUUUUGGAGAAUCAAUAUCAACUAUUGGAUCUGCUAGUAACAUUCCACCACCGCCUCCUCUUCCAUCCUCAAUGGGAAACAUGCCACCGCCACCACCACCGAUGCCACCAUCAUUACGAAAUAUUCCACCACCACCUCCAUUGCCUGGUGAUUUAAUGCCGCCACCUCCACCACCAGGUCUUAUACCACCAGCACCUCCAAUGAUGACAGAAGGUGGUGUACCACCGCCACCUGCUCCACCAUUUCCAGAAAUGACAGGCAGUGGAGGACCGCCACCACCACCUCCACCAUUUCCUGGAAUGACAGGUACUGGAGGUCCACCGCCUCCACCUCCACCAUUUCCUGGAAUGAUCGGUAGUGGAGGUCCACCACCUCCACCUCCACCAUUUCCUGGAAUGAUCGGUAGUGGAGGUCCACCACCCCCACCGAUGAUGAACAUGAAUACUCUUCCACUUGGUCCACCACCAGUACCUGAAUAUUUACCAAAAAAACAAAAAUAUGUUGUCGGCGAAGCUGUAAAAAAAGUGGCUUGGAAUAAAAUAAAUCCACAAUCAAUAAAAAAAGAAUCAAUUUGGGCCAAUGUUGAUGAAAAAAAUUUUCAAAAUAAAGCAUUUUUUACAACAAUUAAAGAAAAUUUUGCUACGAAAUCAGCUCCUAUUAAAAAUCUUGCGGAUAGUGACAAUGAAUCAUCAUCAUCAACCAUGACAACGAAAAAAACAAAAGAAUUUCGUGUACUUGAUCCUCGUGCUGGUCAAAAUUUUGCUAUUAUGUUUAGUCAAUUAAAAUCAACUCCACAACAAUUUCGUCAAUGGCUUCUUGCUUGUGAUAGUGAACAUUUAACAAGUGAUUUGCUUGCUCAACUAGAUAAAUCAAUUCCUACACCAGAAGAAUUAAAAAAACUUUCAGAAUUAAAAAAUGAAAUACAUGAUUUACCUGAUGCUGAACAAUAUUUCUGUGCUGUUAGUGAUAUAAAACGUUUACAACAGCGUAUUAAAAUACUUCUAUUUAAAAGUCAAUACAAGGAAUCACUUGAAGAAACAGAAAAAAAUUUUGUUGCUGCACGACAAGCCUGUGAAACAGUUCGUCGCUCUAAACGUUUUCCAAAAUUAAUUGAACUUGUAUUAACAAUUGGUAAUUAUAUGAAUUCAAGUGGUAAAACAUAUGAACCAAUAUAUGGUUUUGAUAUUAGUUUUCUUCCAAAAUUACAUUCAACAAAAGCUAAUGAUGGUAAACGAACAUUAUUACAUUUUAUUUUACAAGAAAUUGAAAAAGAUCAUGCAGAUUUAUUAAAAUUUGGUGAUGAAUUUCAAGGUGUUGCUGAAGUAGCAUCUAAAAUUGAUACUAAUGAAUUACAAAGAAUAUUAAAUGAAAUAAAAUCACGUGUUACUAGUGCACAAACAGAUUUAGAUAAUGCAAAAAAUGCAACAACAGAUUCGAUAUCAGGAGAUCGUUUUGCUCAAACAAUGGAAGGAUUUGUUAAAAUAGCACGAGAUGAUAUUGAAAGACUUGAUGUAUUAAAUACUAAAAUGACAAGUGCAUAUCAAGAUUUAUGUGAUUAUUUAACAAUUGAUUCUAAAAAAUGCCCAUUAAAUGAUUUUUUUACUGAUUUAAAAACAUUCUGUACGGUAUUUUUAACAUGUUUACAAGAAAAUCGUUUAUGGCGUGAACAAGAUGAAAAAGCUAAACGUGCACAAAUGUCAAAACAACUUGUUGAUGAUAUACGAAAGAAACAUCGUGCAGAACCAAAAGCUGAACAAAAAACAUUCUUUAAACCAAGUGAUGAAGAUACUGAUGUUGUAUCAAAUCUCAUGUCGGUUCUCAAAGAUGCUAAUAUGACAUCGCAACCAAAACGAGUUCGUCGACCACCAGAAGUUGAAACAUUUGCUGGAGUAUUAAAUGAAUUGAAUACUAAUCGAUUAAAUCAACCAUCAUCUUCGGUUCGUGAUGAUGUUCGAUCUAAUCAUAAUCGUCCACCACCACCACCACCGCCACCAUCACAUUCAUCUCAUGGUGGUACUCAACAAGCACAGCAUCAAAUACCUCCACCUAUACCAGCAAGAAAUCCUCGGUCUCCUACGUCGUAUGCUGACGUCGUUGGCCGUUUGAAAGCGAAUGAUCUUCGAACAAAAAUAACCGAUCGUGAAAAUGCUCGAUAUUCAUCUGAUGAUAAUAUAACAACACCUCGUUUACUAGCUUCAUCCAUACUUAAAGAUCGAAAUUAUAUAUAA